UGGCAUCAACAUUUUCCUCUCCUCAAAAACCCAAAAUAUCUUCUCUUCUUUCACCUUAGGUACAGCCACUCGGAUAUUAACUCGUCGCCGAUAAAAAAUAUCUCUUCCUUACCGCCUCUUCAGCUCACCGACUUCAGGCAAACCGAGUCGCCGAUCUACAAUUGGUGCCUUAGUUUGUUAUUGUUGACGUCUGUGUUGAUUUGUGGCUGAGCAGGAAAUAGUCGUCGCGUUGAAGUUGGCUAAUGCGAUCACUGAGUUUGGUAGAGGGGAAAAUCCGGAGCGUGGAAAAUGGAUCGGUCGACGAUAACCGUAGGGCCUGGUAUGGAUAUGCCGAUCAUGCACGACAGUGACCGGUACGAUCUUGUCCGGGAUAUCGGGUCGGGGAACUUCGGGGUUGCCAGGUUGAUGAGGGAUAAGGUCACCAAGGAGCUUGUUGCCGUAAAGUAUAUCGAGAGAGGUGAUAAGAUUGAUGAAAAUGUUCAAAGAGAAAUUAUUAAUCACAGGUCAUUGAGGCAUCCCAACAUUGUGAGGUUUAAAGAGGUCAUUUUAACGCCUACCCAUCUGGCCAUUGUGAUGGAAUAUGCCUCUGGUGGAGAGCUUUUUGAGAAAAUAUGCAAUGGUGGUCGUUUCAGUGAGGAUGAGGCACGGUUCUUUUUCCAACAACUCAUAUCAGGGGUUAGCUAUUGCCAUGCCAUGCAAGUAUGCCACCGUGAUCUGAAGUUGGAGAACACUUUACUGGAUGGGAGUGAGGCUCCUCGUUUGAAGAUUUGUGAUUUUGGGUACUCCAAGUCUUCAGUGCUUCAUUCACAGCCAAAAUCGACUGUAGGAACUCCUGCAUACAUUGCACCAGAGGUGUUGUUGAGGCAAGAAUAUGAUGGCAAGAUUGCAGAUGUGUGGUCAUGUGGGGUAACCUUAUACGUGAUGCUGGUUGGAGCGUAUCCCUUUGAGGAUCCUAAUGAACCAAAGGACUUCAGGAAGACAAUACAGAGAAUUCUUAAUGUCCAGUAUUCCAUCCCAGACAUUGUUCAGAUAUCUCCCGAGUGCCGUGACCUGAUUUCUCGAAUUUUUGUUUUUGAUCCUGCAGCUAGGAUUACCAUUCCACAAAUAAAGAACCAUUUAUGGUUUCUGAAGAAUCUUCCAAUGGACCUAAUGGACGAGAACACGAUGGGCAACCAGUUUGAAGAGCCAGAUCAACCCAUGCAGAGCAUUGAUACCAUCAUGCAAAUAAUUUCCGAGGCGACCAUACCAGCUGCUGGAGCCCAUGGUCUUAAUCAGUACAUGGCAGACAACCUUGACAUGGAUGAUGACAUGCUGGACUUCGAUUCUGAAUCUGAGCUUGAUGUGGAUAGCAGUGGAGAGAUAGUGUAUGCACUGUAAUCUGUGGCAUGUCUUUACGAAAGGUGGUGGUUCUUCAGUCAUGUGGACAUCAACAUUUAGCCAAAUGCGGAUAGCACUGCAGAGAUGGUUUAUGCAUCGUUGUCGCCGGAUAUCUGUACAAGAGGUGGUGGUUCUUCAGGCUGGUAGAUGAGAUCUAUCCCAGAAAAUGCAUUGUAGAAUGUGGUAAGCUAAGCAUAGAUAUAGCUUAGGAAACUGCAAUAUGUGGUUUGGGUCUGUGGUGUUCCCAAUAUGAAUGUUGUAUUUCCUUUGUGUGGAGGGAUUUCAUCGUAUUGCUAUAAAAGGGUUGGUAAAUGAUACGAGUUGUGGAACUCGGAGGAUAUGCAACCGUUGCCAUCCCUUUGAUAGGACUGUUUAUUAUUUCUGCUGAUCCUGUGCUGAUAUACAUUAUGUUUCUUAAUGGUUAAGGUGCUUAUGAGUUAUAAUAUACGCAAAAGACAUGUCUUGGUGCUUU